UAUGAAAUUUUAUAGCUGGCAGCUUUGUAUAGUACAUGCUUUUAUUUGGUUGUUGGUUAUCAUUUAUUCAAUUAUCGAUGUGUCUUCUUUCUGUCUAUUCUUUAAAAUUCUAGAAAUAAAUAUUGAAUAAUACCAGUUAUAUCUAAUAAAUAUACUUAAGAUGCCGAAUAUUAAAUUGCAGUCGUCGGACAAUGAAGUAUUUGCAGUCGAUGUGGAAAUAGCAAAAUGUUCAGUAACCAUCAAAACGAUGUUAGAAGAUCUCGGCAUGGAUGAUGAGGAGGAGGAAGUUGUUCCUCUGCCCAACGUCAAUUCUGCUAUUCUCAAGAAAGUCAUUCAGUGGGCGACUUAUCAUAAAGAUGAUCCGCCAUUACCUGAGGAUGACGAAAACAAAGAGAAAAGAACAGAUGACAUUUCGUCUUGGGAUGCUGAUUUCUUAAAAGUAGAUCAGGGCACCCUCUUUGAACUUAUCCUAGCUGCAAAUUAUUUAGAUAUUAAAGGGCUCUUGGAUGUUACUUGUAAGACAGUAGCUAAUAUGAUUAAAGGUAAAACUCCAGAAGAAAUUCGAAAAACCUUCAACAUUAAAAAUGAUUUUACAGCUACUGAAGAGGAUCAGGUGCGCAAAGAAAAUGAAUGGUGUGAAGAAAAGUAAUCCCUUUUAUUUUUUUAUCGUUAACUUUUUCAUGAUACUAAAUUAAAGCAUUGUAGAUUUAAUUUAUAUUUUGAGACACUAGCCGACUAAAAUCACAGGUGAUAUGUUUUUAUUUAAAGAAGACAUUUUCAUGUGUUGUAAAGCAGUUAUUUCUGUUUACUAUAUAUUUAUAUUUACAGGUAUGUUUAAGAGUAUAAAUUGAUAAAGUGUUAGAGAUAAUUUUUUAGGUUGUAUUGAAUAAUUUGUUUUAAUGGAGUGUUGUAAAUUUGAGUUUUCAAGUAUUGUAUUUAAAUAUUAACAAUAAUAAUAGUAAGGCACCAUAUCCAUCUUUAUAUUCUAAAAGCGAAAGGUUUUACACAGAGGUAACAUUCGAAAAUAAGUUUGUAUGAUUUGUAGAAAUUGUAAGAAUUGGAUCUGAACAAACAUUAUUUUCAUGACUGUUCUUAACUUAACAUUUCUAAUAUUUUUCAAACAAACAUUUUGAUUAUUGUAUGGCAUAGAGUCUAACAAAGUAAAAACACAAGGACUUACUUAAUAUUUUGGAGAUAUUAUAUGUAAACAAGAUUAUGGGGAGAACAUUACAAAAGUAGAAGAAAGAACAGAAUGUAUAAAUUUUUCAUAUUUCAAACUCAUAUGUUUGACAACAAUAACAUACUAUCUUAAGGUUCAUUGACCGGGCAGAUACUUAUCAAUUAAAGGUUAAUUAUAUCUAAACAUGAAGUGUGUCUUUAGAAUAAGUAUGAUGUUAAAAUCUUUCAAUUAAUUUAUUGAACACUACUUCAUAUGAUUCAAAUGAUAACUUUUCAUGGCGGAAUGCCUAUUAAAAUGGUUUGCUCUCAUUAUCAUAUUAUUAUCAUUUAAACAUCGUUAGUGCAUUUUACUUAAUUUCAUGUAAAAAUCAUUCAUCAUAGCUUUGAGUUCUAAUAAAGUAGUUAUUGUAAUAAAUAUUCUUGUUUUUCGGGUUCCCAUUUGAUAGUAAAAUAAAGGACAUUCCAAUAGAACCAACA